CAGUGGAAUGUGUGGAAUGUGUUUCCUGCGUUUGGCAUCAUGAUCGCAGACAGACUCGCAGCUCAACGCUUCCCCUCUCUCUCCUUCUGUGUUACUCUGUAUUUCCACGGAAAGCGUCUCCAGUCGCGAGGAAGAGUUGAGUGAGUGCGGACUGAGGACUUCAGUGAUGGCUGAGCCGCUGCUCAGAAGAACUUUCUCCAAACUCCGCGGAAAAGAAAGAUUCCGCCGCAAAACGGACCCAAAACUCACCGAAGUGACAGGGAAGGUGGAUCUUAUCCAAAGUUCCUCAUCAACAUCUGCAUCCACCUCAGGCCAAGUUGAGACCGAGCUCUUGGUUGUGGAGGAGUGUACCCGACGCUCUCAAAUCACUGUCUCCAAAAAACAGAACUGGGCCAAACUUCCGUCAACGUGCAGGGACCCGGCCAGUGCAGAGCUGUGUCCGAGCCUAGUCUACGGACAUCAGGACUGGAAUUUGUGCUUGGGGAAGGCCGAGGUUUCAAGCCAAAGGACUUUGAGUGACGAUGGCUUGAAUAGAAUGCAGAAUGAUCUGGAAUUGGAGUUUGGAUACUCCAGAACACCCUACGACUCAGUUGACGCUGGUUUGCCAGAUUUGACCCCUCCUUCUACAGCAUAUACGGAUGCGUGUGUCUCGUCCAGCUCUGGUAAGAUCUCUGGGCAAGGUGCCUACCUCCAACACCUGGACAGGAGCAGUAGAGCUUGGGUACUGUCUACCGGAAAGCCCCAGGCUUCAGACGAGACCCUCCCAACCGGAAUCACAGAGUGGCGACAGCGACCUAAUGUAGACGGCAACAUUUGGUACAACCCCAUUCCUGAAGAGGAUGACACGCGGGCUGGUGGAGGAGUGGAUCUGAAAAAAUAUGAAGACCCGUGGAAAAGGAGAGAGUUUGAGGGAUCAAUAAAGGAGAAAAGAGACCAGAAGCAUUCACAGGGUUCGACUCUUGCCAGCAUCCAUCAAAUGAGAGACAUUCAAACAGAGACCAACGUCAGCAGGGUGGACAGCUCGGAUCUGGUUGUUCUACGGUCUGAAAUGGUUAGCUCUGCUAGCGGAGUGAAUUCUGACAGUCCCGUGGUGCCAAAGAAAAUCCCUGUUGAAGGUGGGAGUGGCGGCAGUGUGAUUGAAAGGAUCAAGUCUCCAGGAACAGUGCGGCGGCUUUCUAUGAAGAUGCGCAAACUCCCAGAGCUAAGGCGGAAACUUAGCCUACGUUCGUCUCGUAAUCAGCGGCACGAACAAGGCCAAGCGAAUCCCAGCAGUGCACCGGGAGCGUCGGACGACGUGUCGCCUCCAAACGCAUGCAAAGAAUCAUCCAAUGUCAUCAGCAAGUACCAUCUGGACUCCAGCGCUCCCGCCAGGCCAAGACGACGAUCCUCACGAACACGUUCUGCUAGUAAAGGAGGUUAUCUUAGUGACGGAGACUCACCGGAACUACUGCCAAAGCAGGGCACAGGUCAAGGGUCAUUGGCAUCACCAACACCAUUGCCACACUGUGGAAUUAACGAUUCGCUGGCUGUGGCGGACGCGGAGUCUUUCCAUUUGUACUCACUGGUGGAUCAACCGCGCUGUGCUCAGAGACUUUCAGGCCUGCUCACGGUGCAUCUGCUGGGCGUAGAGGAGCUGCUGCGUACCCCGCGGAGCAACACGUCUAAAGAAGUCUUCUGUGCCAUACAGGUGGACGGAGUGACCCGAGCUCGAACUGCCCUGCUCACCUGUCGAGGGGCAUGUCUACCGCUGAACCACACCUUUAAUCUGGAGCUCGAGAGGGCACGACUGCUCAAGCUGGUCAUCUUGACACCAACCGCUGCCAACACAAACAAUGGGUCUGCUGUGCCUGCCGCUCCUGCCCGAAACCGAGUGUGUUGCCUGGGUGCUGUGGCUAUACAUCCCCUCUUCAAGGCCUCUCGCAGUCAGCAGUUGUGUGUGAGGCUGGAACCUCGUGGUUUGUUGUAUGUGAAGUUGACCCUGUUGGAGCAUUUCGUGACCCCGUUCCCCCGCCUCAGUGACCUGCAUCCCCCUGUGUUUGGGGUUGAGCUGCGCCACCUGGUGGAGAAGGAGGGGUCUGUGCUGAAAGUGCCUCUGAUCAUUCAGAAGUGUGUGUCUGAGAUUGAGAGGAGAGGCCUGAGGGUCGUGGGAUUGUAUCGUCUUUGUGGUUCGGCUGCGGUGAAGAAGGAAUUGCGAGACUCGUUCGAGAGAGACAGUGCAGCAGUUACGUUGAGCGACGAGUUGUAUCCGGACGUCAACGUCAUUACCGGCAUUUUGAAGGACUACCUGCGUGAGUUGCCAUCUCCUCUCAUCACGAGGACCUUGUAUGAAGUGGUUUUGGAUGCCAUGACCGUUCGACCGGCGUGUAGAAACGACAACGAUGCACAGAGAUCACAAAACACAGUUGCGCUGCUGCAGUGUUUGCCUGAAGCUGAGAGGGCCACUCUGUGUUUCCUGUUGGAUCAUCUGAGUCUGGUGGCGUCUUCCAGCGACAGCAACCGCAUGACGUGUCAGAACUUGGCUGUGUGUUUCGGGCCAGUUCUGUUGACCCCCACGCAGGAGUCCUGGCAGGCCGGUCUGUCGGCACCCUGUUCAGGGGCACUAACGGGAACCGCGUCCGGUCGAGGAGGGCGGAGCUUUGCACAUAGUGAAGAGAUCGCCAGCGCUGUUGACUUCAAACGACACAUUGAGGCCCUGCAUUACCUUCUGCAGCUCUGGCCUGUUCCUAAAGGAAGAGUGACAAAUAUCUCUGACCAAUCACCCUUCAGCCAGGGUGCUCUCUCUGCUCUCACAUCCCAGAAUUCCUCAAUGCGGCGGGCUCAGCGUAUGCCACUGCGCGUGGAGCUUCCAUCUGCUCAGGACGUGGUGGUCGUGUCCCGUCGGGGGCGUGGCCGUCUGGAGAGCCCACCCUGUAACCGUUACGCUGGUGACUGGAGCGUUUGUGGGCAGGACUUCCUGUCUAACGACGAGGCGGAUUAUGACGAGGUGGCGGGCAGCGAGAGCGACGAUGGCAUCGAGCAGCAGACGAAGAAGCGAGACGUGUGGACGUCACCUGACGGUUUGUACGUCGACGAUUUUGCGCUGGACUUCGACGCACCGUUUACGUGUCGACUGAGUCUAAAAGACUUCGAUACGCUCAUUUCGGACCUGGAGAGAGAGUUGGCCAAACAAAUCAACAUCUGCUUGUGAAACUGGACCGUUAUGAGCCGUGUAGCUAUUUAGGAAUCGUUUUUACGACUCCAAUAUUCGAGAGAUUAAUUGAAGUUCUUUUUCUUUUGAACUGUUUUUGACGUGUCAAAAAACAGACAUGUCACGCUUGUUGUGGAGGACACUUUCAUUCAUUUCAGGGGUCUCAAGAGCGUUUUGCAACAAUUUUGUCUUGUAUGUGAACAUCUUAGAAGUCUGCCGUGCAGUUUACUUAUUGAACGCAACACACUCCAGUAUCAGUUGUAUUUUUUCAAUAACAUUUAAUUGCACUUUUCCAAAUCAAACUCGUUUCAAACCGACACGGCGUUUACACUAUUGUGGCACGUGAGACUCAUUGGGCAAAUACCUCCACUUAAGGGGCCGUUCACACCAAACGCGUUUUUACAACUGUCCGCGCUGUUAUUCGCAUUGUGCUGCAUAUCGCUGUUUAUUCAGUGUCUUGUGCAGAAGUGUUUCUUUAAUAUUUCAGGUUCAAUAUAAGUUAAUCUCAUUAGUCUUUUCGAUUCGUCCAUCCUUUUCUUUAAAAAAAAAUAAGCACAAAUCUGUGUUCCAGUGAGACACUUACAAGGGAAGUCAACAGAUGGACGAGUCGAAAUUUUUUUUUGUAGGAAUCAACAUUAUGCUGUCCAUUGAGUUUCUAUUGUAUAAAAUGCUUCUCGAGACACCUGCGUGCUGUUAUUUUCGUUACUCCAACGCGAUUGGUCUGAACGGCCCCUCGGCCAUAGUCAUAAUGUUACCUGAUUCCCAAUGCGCUCUUGAGUCCUCGUGGUGGCGUAGUGACUCGCCUCAAUCCGCAUGCCGGAGGACGAAUCCCAGUUGCCUCCGCGUCUGAGACAGUCAACCCGCGCAUCCGAUCAUAUGACUUGUUGAGUGUGUUACCGUGGAGACGUAGCACGUGUGGAGGCUUCACACUAUUCUCCGCAGCAUCCACGCACAACUCACAACACACCCCACAUUAUAGUGACCUCCUUAGCAACCAAAUUGGCCCGGUUGCUAGGGAGGGUAGAGUCACAUGGGGUAAUCUCCUUAGCAACCAAAUUGGCCCGGUUGCUAGGGAGGGUAGAGUCACAUGGGGUAACCUCCUCGUUACCCCCAUGUGACUCUACCCUCCCUAGCAACUGGGCCAAUUUGGUUGCUAAGGAGACCUGACUGGAGUCACUCAGCACACCCUGGAUUCAAACUCACGACUCAGCAUCAAUACUCGCUAAAAUACCCAGACCCUUGUACACAUUUUUUAUAUUUGUUAUAUUUUAAUAUUUUAAUAUUACGGUGAACUUUGAAAUGUGCUACAGCAUUUCUUAGCAGCUAUUGUAAUGAUGUAAACAAGCACAAAAAGCUGUAAUCAAAACCUGUUCAUUUUCUUGUAUUUGUUGUUUGAAUGGGAGGGGUGUGAGUGCGAGUGAGAGAGUGUGCGAGUGAGAGAGUGUGCGAGUGAGAGAGUGUGCGUGUGAGCGUGUGUGUGCGUGUGUGAGCGUGUGUGUGUGUGCGUGUGUGUGUGAGCACAUAAGUCACAAUUUCUUAAGGCGGUGGGACAAUCCAGCUGAAGGAUGACAGCAGACACAACGAUCUGCGUUAUGGUUGUGUGAAGUUGAUUGUAUUUAAGCUCUGUGUACGGCUCUUGCUAACGGCUGGUCUGUGUGGCAGUGUGUGCGUAACCAGCGAUUGUUUGGGCCAAGAUUUCAUCAGUCUUUCCACCAGGACAUUCUGUUACGUGCGUUGUGCUGCCAGAGACUCUUGAUGGCUUUAACGCUCUGACCGGCCCUGUUUUCCCUUCAGAGAAGCUUCUUGCAUCACAUUGCUCCUGUGUAACGUUUAAUGUUGGACUUCAUUUAUGAAGCUUGAGUUACAUUCCCUUGAAGUUGUUUGUGAGGUUCUGGGUUCAAUACACGUCGUUAAGCGUGUUGACUCUGCAAAACGUUUUCUUAAAGGUGCACUCUGUAUUUUGUGUUUUUAUCAUCUUGGUCAUCUACUGACACCUAGUGGUGUGUAAUAUCUGCGGCACACUCAAUAGUGUCGAAAUAAUGAGCGUUUCCAAACAGAUUUCUGAAGCGCUCCAUUGGUCGAUGAGUAACAAGCCCCGCCCCAAACACUCCAUCUGAAGUUGACAUGUUUAUACGCUUCAAAGUCAAACUGCCCAUGAAUUACUUACACGUGACUGAGAUGCACGAAAGUAUUUUAAUAUCCAAACACUUCACUUCAAUAUAAGCUGUAUUGAACCCAAAACAUCCUUUAAAACUCAAUUUAUGCUGAAGACAAUGACAAUCACCAAAAUGAGAUGAUGUACUCUUGCUCUCUCUAUAUCUCUCUCGCUCUCUAUCUCACUCACUCGUUCUAUAUCUCUCUCGCUCUCUAUCUCUCACUCACUCGUUCUAUAUCUCUCUCGCUCUCUAUCUCUCACUCACUCGUUCUAUAUCUCUCUCGCUCUCUAUCUCUCACUCACUCGUUCUAUAUCUCUCUCGCUCUCUCUAUCUCACUCUCUUGCUCUAUCUCUCUUGCUCUAUCUCUCUCACUCUUCUAUCUCACUCUCUCACUCUUUAUCUCUCUCUCGCUCUCUUUAUCUCUCUCACUCUCUCGCUCUCUCUAUCUCACACUCUCUAUCUCACUCUCUCGCUCUCUCUAUCUCACUCUUUAUCUCUCUCUCUCUAUCUCACUGUCUCGCUCUCUCUAUCUCACUCUUUAUCUCUCUCUCGCUCUCUUUAUCUAUAUCACUCUCUCGCUCUCUCUAUCUCACACUCUAUCUCACUCUCUCGCUCUCUAUCUCACUCUCUCUCACUCAUCUCGCUCUCUAUCUCACUCUCUCGCUCUCUAUCUCACUCUCUCGCUCUCUAUCUCACUCUCUCGCUCUCUAUCUCUCUCUCGCUCUCUUUAU